AUGAAGACAAAAUCAUUUAUAGCACUAGGAGCAAUAGCCGGUAUAGGAUUGGUAUGGAUGAGCAGGCGAUUUUUGUACAAAAAAGCAAKAGGACUUUUAAAGGUAACUCGGAUCGUGAACGAGGCGUUUGGGGUGCAAACGCAGACCCACGACGGAAACGAUGAGGUAACGACCGGAGAGCAGGAUACGGAAGAAUCGACGGUUCCUAUGCUCGGGGUGAAUGACAUCCGGGUGUGGGACAGGCGGUCACCGGACGACGAAGUACUGAAGUCGAUUGCAGAGAGGUUGUUGAUCGUACACGGGCGGCUUASGGCGGAGACGCGUCGGCUGACCGCGGCCAGAGAACAACUGCGCUGGUUGAUCACGCAGUCGAUGUCCAGCGCAAAAGGCCCGGUCGACGAACUUGUCCGGGUGUUGGACGGUGACCUACAGACCACGGGUGUACCGACCGUCUUGCAGAAACGUGACCUGGUCGAGAUCAUGGCACGCGUCCGGGACGGUUUGUCGGCGAACCGUGCGCRCAGGCCGUCCGUGACCGGAAGCUCUUGUUGCGGUCGGCGUCUGCACAGCGUGAUAGCGAUGCAAGAGUUGCGUGAUCUCCGGACGCGGCUGACGCUGGUCAAGGAUAGGUUGAGGGCAGCUGAAAAGGACAAACGUGAUCUGUUAGGUAUCGUGGAGAGGAGCCGAUCCGACCCGACAACGGUUGAAUCACUCCGGACUGUACUCAGCAAAGAGAGAGAGAAGAAUGAUCACUUGCAAUCAGUCGUCGACGACAUGUUUAUAGCCGCCAACAGAGGUGCAUGA